UCUCCCGUUUUUCUCAGAAACCCUAACUCUCUUCCUUGAACAGAGAGAGAGAAAAACCCCACUGUUCAAUCCCAAAUCGCUUUCGGAACCCUAGCGGAUCAGCACGCAUUAAUUUCUUCCGAUUUGAUUCAAUUGCUAUAGCGAGGAGCACUUUGGGUUUUCUGUAGGGAUCAAUGGGGAAGAAGAAGAAGAGAUCAACCGAUAAGGUAUGGUGCUACUACUGUGACAGGGAGUUCGAUGAUGAGAAGAUUUUGGUUCAGCAUCAAAAGGCUAAACACUUCAAAUGCCAUGUUUGCCAUAAGAAGCUUUCUACUGCUGGCGGCAUGGCCAUUCACGUUCUCCAGGUUCACAAAGAAACCGUCAGCCAGUAAGGUACCAAAUGCCAAACCCGGCAGAGAGUCUACUGAUAUUGAAGUAUAUGGAAUGCAAGGAAUCCCAAGUGAUGUCUUAACAGCUCACUAUGGAGAGGAAGAAGAUGAGUCCCCAGCGAAAACUGCCAAAGUGGACAUUCCAUCAUCCCAGUAUCUUGGUGGUGCAAUUCCAGGAUAUCCUCCCCGGGCAACUUUUGGCGCAGUGCCACCACUCUAUAAUCCUGCGCUGCCUAUGCCUCCUGCUGGUUGGUCAGUCCCCCCUCGCCAUCUUCCAUGGUAUUCACAGUAUCCUGCUGUCUCGGUUCCACCUCCUGCACUGAUGGGUCUGCCACAACAACCAUUAUUUCCUGUGCAAAAUAUGAGGCCUCCAAUGCCAGCCACUGCACCUCCAACGCUUGUUGCUCCUCCAGGGCUCCCGGCCCCACCUGUUCCUGUAUCUCAACCCUUGUUUCCUGUUGUUCCUAAUAACAACCACCUUGCCCAAAGUUCGCCAUUCUCAGCACCGAUGCUGUCAACUAGUGUGCCAUUCAGCUCUGCAGCUGAAACAAAGAGCUUAUUUGACCCAAACAUGGGCAGCAAUGCUCCUGCCGCCAUUGGUUAUCAGAUUUCAGUCCCAGCACCGGUAAAUUCACAUUCUUAUGCCUCUGGCCCAAAUACUGGUGGGCCCUCAAUUGGUCCACCACCUGUUAUUACCAACAAAGCUCCAGCUAACCAACCAGCAACAAAUGAGGUCUAUUUAGUUUGGGAUGAUGAGGCCAUGUCCAUGGAGGAAAGAAGAAUGUCCUUACCAAAGUAUCAGGUGCAUGAUGAGACUAGCCAGAUGACCUCAAUAGAUGCGGCAAUAGACAGAAGAAUAUCAGAAAGCAGACUUGCAGGGCGCAUGCCUUUCUAGACCUGACCGUUUUUGCUCUGGUUGGCAGGGUGCUCUCUGAAUUGUAGGAAAUUGUUUAAUUGAACAAAGUUCUGCUUCAAAAAAAAAAAGAUUUGCUGGUUGUUCUGGAUUCAUAGGAUGGGUUUAGAUGUUGUAAUUCUUUAGGAAACAAUAUUUUAUGAGAGGCAUUCAUUUUACAUAGAUAGGAAUGCGAAAAAUGAAGCAGAUUUGUUUUCCUACAGAAUCAUUGCUGUUGCGAGUUAGUCAUGCAACAAUGUGGUUUAGCUGGGAUAUAUAUAUAUUUAUGUAACCUGUGGUACAA